CGACGAGGCCCAUCCACCAUCAUUCAUCUUUUGCGACCGACUCGUUACACAUCUACAAACUUUUUUUUUUUUAAUUUAAUUGGGACCGACAUUGUCAAGGCCAGAAAAAUUUAUAAGUUUUACAGGAAAGUUCCAAGUGAAAAGUACUGUAAUGAUGACACAAGAAUUAUACUGCUUGAAGUGGAAUCUCCACAAGAGCACAUUGCUGGACGAGUUUGAGAGCCUUUUCGCUACGAACGAACUGACAGACUGCAUCCUCGUAUCAGAGGGUCAGCAGAUGCGAGUGCAUAAAAUCAUACUCAGCUCAUGCAGCGCGUAUUUCAAGAAACUCUUUGAUAAGUGUGAGGAUAAGUGUCCGAUGAUCAUAUUUAACGACAUCACCUUCCGCGAGCUUCGCUACAUCAUCGAAUACAUGUACAGAGGUGAGGUGAACAUCGAGCCGGACAUGCUGCAGCGUCUCCUGCGUGUCGCACACGCUCUGCACGUCAAAGGACUGGCCGACGAGCCGCCCAGCUGUCCUCCUGUACCGCCUGUGUUCCCCUUCCCGAGAACCAUCGGUGCAGGCGAUUAUGAUAAAUUCGAUAGAACAAAUAUCUGGGCUCCGUCAAGAUCUUCAUAUUCAAUUUUCAACCAAGACAUAGACCAAAUUCAGUUUAAAGAUGAUAAGGAUAAGUCAACGAAAAACACCUGCGCUGGGAAAGACAAUGGAAUCGAUAUUAAUGGAUUUUCUAAUAUGUCAUCUAUUUCAUUGACUAAAGAAAAUGGCAGUGAGAUCGACAAUUCAUCACCAAUGGCAACAGUAUCAAAAAUUGUAGAACGUACAGAGAACAAAACGGCUUUGGAGACAGAAGAUAAAAGCGUUGCGGGAAAGAGAAAGGUGAGCGUUACGAAAACGACGCCACCGAUGGUGCGUAAAAGGUCGAAGCCGAAGCCCAAGUCGCCCGAGCCGGCGGUCAAACCGCCCAAAACGCCGGAUCCGUCUCAGGCGAGCACGUUGCCCGAACCCGCCCCGACCAAACCUUUGGAAAUAAAACCUGUCGAAGCUGAAUCGUCCAAAAAGAGUCUUCCGUCUCCGAGGCCGCUCACGCCUAUCCUCUCUUCGGCGAAUGAUACGCCGAGACCGGAAAUUUCCCCCAUCUCUACCAAGCCCACGACCACUGACUUGACAGCCGAUGAUAUCGAACCUGAAGACGUUGACGAUCUGACCAUUGAUGACGACGACGAUGAUCUUGUUUCACCUGGAAACACCACGGCUCUAAACACCACUGUCAGCAAAGCAAGCGAAAUCAACGAGGAGACUACAGACAACGAUAAACAGAAUUCAGGAGAUUUAGAUGCAUGCUACAUGACAGAAGAAAUUUUAUAUUAUCAAGAUUACGUUUCAGAAGGCUUGAAACAUUCAGCUUUGUAAUCAACCCGAUCGACGCUAAUCAUAAAAAGCAUUUUGACAAAGGCGAUGCACCAAGAAAAUAAAAUUGCAAGGCAAUGGUUCAACCAACCGAAUAACAGCAGAGAAGAAAACACUACAUAAAAUUGGUAGGUAUAUGUAUAUUCAUUUUUUAAAGUUUAUUUUAUGUUUAAUUUUUAUUAUUAAAAUGUUAAAAAAAGCUGAACAGGUAAUUUGUUUAAAAAUAUUUAUUCUUCAUCGUACAAUAUGUAUCUUUUUCAAACAACAUCAGGUAUGUAUUUUCCUCUUGGACUAUAUCACAAAAAAAAAAAAAAAAUUAGUCAAGGAAUUUUCUUGGCUCAAUAAAUCGAGCACAUGAUGCAAAGGUAAUGUAUCGGACUUUUAUAGUUUUAAAUAUUUUAUGAAAAGUAUGGUGCAACGCAUUAUUCUGUGCGGUUUUUCUUUCAUUUCGAACUGCAUAAAAUCUUAAAAUUGGUAAACCGAUGGGAUAUUUGGAACGAGAAAAAAUACAAAUUCGAACCAACAGUACCAAUGGUGAUCAAAUUUGGCCGAUUUAUGUAAAACGCGGAGCCUUCAAAUUUUUGUUCGUCAUCAUGACAGCCUGAAAUGUAAGACAAAUUUAUUUUAAAAAAAAGUUAAAAUCGUCAUGAUCAUUCUCGUUUAUAAAUGAGCAGUGAACAUUACAAAAUACUGAAACAAGAGGAAAAAUAAUUUACAAAGAUUAUAAAUGGGAAAAGUAAUUACUGAAAGGAAAAAGUUGAAAAAUUUUACCAAAAUUUGGUAAACUGAUGAGAUAUUUGUAAUGAGAAAAAAAAAAAUUCCAACCAACAGUUCCAAUGGUGAUCAAAUUCGGCCGAUUUAUGUAAAACACGGAGCCUUCAAAUUUUUGUUUAUCAUGACAGCCUGGAAUGCAAGACAAAUUUAUUUUUAAAAAAGUUAAAAUCGUCAUGAUCAUUCUUGUUUAUAAAUGAGCAGUGAACAUUACAAAAUACUGAAACAAAAGGAAAAGGUUGAAAAAUUUUACCAAUUGGUUUAACGUGCUGAAAACAGAACAAAGGUGCUGAGAAGUAUGCAAAAGGAAAACUGGCUCGAGUUAUGCUUUUUCAUUCUAGCCAAAUAAUGGAAUAUAUUGA